AUGGCGACAUUGGAUAAUGCCAAUCCGACUAUCCUGAGUGCUUCGGCUCUCCCUACCCGGCAGACAAAGGCUGAGCCUCGCCGGGGUCCUGAGUCGAAAUACGACGACAUUAUCUUUGCAAAGCCAUCAUAUCUAUCAGGUCCUUUUGUCGGUCCGGCUUCUUCAGCAUGGCCUCGACUCGAUGAUCAACCCAAUGAGUUUUCCUCAGAAGCCAUUGACGAACAGGAAAUUUACGAUCUGAUCUCAACAAUCUCGGAUCCUGAGCACCCGGUUUCACUGGGCCAGCUGUCAGUGAUCAACUUAUCUGAUAUUCACAUCACUCCCUCUCCUGCAUUAGGUGUCCCUAACCCAAACACUAUUGUGCAGGUAGUUGUGGAGAUUACACCAACCAUCACACACUGCUCGUUAGCUACUGUUAUCGGGCUUGGAGUUAGGGUUAGGCUCGAGCAAGCGCUGCCGCCCAACUACCGCGUGGAUGUGACCUGCAAGAAGGACAGCCACAACCAAGAUGAUCAAGUGAACAAGCAGUUGGGCGAUAAGGAGCGAGUUGCUGCCGCUUUGGAGAACGAUACUCUGAAGGGAGUACUGGAUAAGAUGUUGGAAACAUGCGCUUAG